UAGUGAUGGUGUAACAUGAAUCAAGUGAGGCUGGUAUUGGUUAUGUGACUGAGGGUGUGUUUGUGACUCAGGGUUCGGGCAAGGGGCAUACCCUGAGGCUGGCCACUAUGGUAACCCGUCGUUUGGAGGGGCGCCGGCCAACGGUUAUGGCUACGGGGCCGGAGUACAACCAGAGUAUGCAGGACUCCCUGCUGUGAAUGGAAAAGCAGGUCAUGGCUAUGGGGCAGGAGUUCAACCAGAAUAUGCAGGUCUUGGUCAAGGAGUGCCUGCUUUCAAUGGACAAUCAGGUCAUCUGGGGGGAGCUGGAAACAGAGGACAGAACACUAAGGGACAAUAUGGUGCAGCUGUCCCUGUAGGACUAGAUGGAAGCAGUCGGUUUGAGGCCCAGCCAGCCGGAAUGGACGCGGCAGGGAAAAUGGGCGGAGCCGGGCAGAUGGGCGGGGCUUACGGGGGCGCGUAUGGCGGGAUGGGAGGACUGCCGUACGGGGGCCAGGGGAUGGGCCCCCAGAAAUCCCUCACUAAGUAUGGGAUUGGAGGACUCCCAUUCGCUGGUCAACCCGUGGCCCUGGGGCCAGGGGCCGGACAGUACGGUUAUGGUGCUGGACAAGGAGGGCACAAUGCACCAGGAUUAGGAGCAGGGUACGGAGGACCUUAUGGAGGACAGGCUCCUGGGGCUGAUGGGAAAUCUGCUGCCAAAUAUGGUCAAGGUUAUGGAGGAUGGCCGUCUGAAUAUCAGCCACAAGGAGCAUUUGCUGGACCACAGUACCAGCCAGAAGCAGCAGGGGAUGCUAAAACGAAGUCCUCAGGAGGAUAUGGUGCUGGAAAGGUUCCCUACACCAAAGAGCCCCUCGAUACUGCUGGCGAGCCAGAGUCUCAGCAGCUGGGUGCAGGUGACAUCAGAUCUGGACAAUACGAAAUGGCCGGCCUGACCUAUGACCCUGCAUCCCUGGAGCCAGAGGCGGCGGUGAAAUCCUACGUGAAGGAAGUCGCUCCGAGCCCCGUCCCAGAGGUGGAAGGAGAGGGGAAGUCACUCAAAAAUUACGGUGACAAGAGCAGCAAAUACAACAAGCAGGGUUUCUUUGGAACAGCCGGUUACCAAGGUUGAUCUCAGAUGACCUCACCGUUCCACCAUUCGUUUACACUGUUGUAAAUUGUUUUUAAUUCCUAGUUUAGUGUUUGAUUUUUAUUUUUUUAUUAUCAUUUGUCAAAAUGUGUGAUUUAUGUACCAAUGUUUGGAGAUAAAAGUUUCUUGUUUGUUGUUAUUCUGAGCAUGUGUUGUCAUGUUGUAAGUAUGUUGUUAGUGUGUUGUGUGCAUGUUGUAAGUGUGUCCAUAAACUGUCAUUAGCAUGUUGAAAGUGUGCAUUGUGUCGUUUGAUUCUAGCUCGCUAGCUAACACUCUGAUGGGCUGAUUGAGUCUCUUUUAGUUCUCAUGUUUUAUCUCAUUCACUAAUUUAUUCACCAUGAAAAUGUUUUUAUAGUUCAUGUCACAGUCUUUGAUUAAAUACAUCCAGUUUGUUUCCA